AUGGCCGGUUCAAACUUCGCUUCAGGUUCAGGCUCACCUACAAGACCAAGCGCCCUUCAACUCCCUAUUCCUCCCCCGCUACUCCAUACACGCGCCAGCCAAGAGAACUACGACCGACCCUCCACACCUACUCACAGCCAAAAUGAAUUCACAAGUCCAGUGCAAACGCCAACUGGAAGCCCCAGCAAGAAUCGAAUGCCUCCUGGGGCGUUGAAUUUGCCUGGUGUCUUUGAGAAAGCGAUGAAAUUGACUCCAUCCUCCCCCACAAAGUCAGGUUUCAGCACACCAAGCUCUCCGGGCAAGGGAUUAUCUGUAUUAGAAGACUUCAAUGGAAGUGUUAUCCAUCAAGAGGCCUACCAACAAGUCCCCGGAAGCCCAACGCGCCGAUCGAAUAAGGAGAAUGCUCCGCCAAAUGUGCCACGCCUGGGCAAAGAGCUAGGCCUCAAUGCCAAUUCGGCUGCCGUGUCUAGGAUGGAACAGUAUCAACAGCGUGAUAAUAUGGACAGUGUGCGAAGGGCUCAGAAUCAGACGAUGCGCGGUUUGACACCGGAGGAGCUUGAGAAGCUUCAGACGCCCAAGGUCAAGCGACUGGCUAAUGUGACCCAGCUUUAUUUCCUCGAUCAUUAUUUUGACAUACUCAGCUAUGUGCACAAUCGCCAAACCCGGUACAACCAGUUCAAGGCAGCCUACCCUGCGCCUCCAGAGACUCCCGCCGAAGAGUACGAGCCUGCGCUUCAGAAAUACCUCGGCCGCGAACGUGCAAAUCUCCGUAAAAGACGCACUCGUUUGCGACAUGGUGAUUUCCACAUUCUGACCCAGGUUGGUCAGGGUGGAUAUGGACAGGUUUAUUUGGCACAGAAGAAAGAUACCCGUGAGGUGUGCGCUUUGAAAAUAAUGAGCAAGAAGCUGCUUUUCAAGCUCGAUGAGAUUCGUCAUAUUUUGACCGAGCGUGAUAUUCUGACUGCUGCUAAGAGCGAUUGGCUGGUGAAACUCUUGUAUGCUUUCCAAGAUGACCAGCAGAUCUAUCUCGCCAUGGAAUAUGUACCAGGUGGUGACUUCCGAACCCUGCUUAACAACACCGGGGUUUUGCACAAUCGUCAUGCACGCUUUUAUGUCGCGGAAAUGUUCAGCUGUGUCGAUGCUCUGCACAAUCUGGGUUACAUUCACCGAGACUUGAAACCAGAGAAUUUCUUGAUCGAUAGCACUGGGCACGUUAAAUUGACCGAUUUCGGCCUUGCUGCAGGUAUGCUGAACCCUGGUAAGAUUGAAUCAAUGCGCAUCAAAUUGGAGGAGGUCGGCAAUACAUCGGUUCCGUUUGGGCGACCUAUGGAACAGCGAACGGCAGCGGAACGACGUGAAGGAUACCGGUCGCUUCGCGAACGUGAGGUCAAUUAUGCCAAUUCCAUAGUCGGAUCUCCUGAUUACAUGGCACCUGAGGUGUUAAAGGGUGAGGACUAUGACUUCACUGUGGAUUACUGGAGCUUAGGGUGUAUGCUUUUUGAAGCGUUGGCUGGAUAUCCUCCAUUUGCCGGUGCUACUGUGGAUGAGACAUGGCAGAAUCUGAAGCGCUGGCAGAAGGUACUGAGGAAACCACAAUAUGAAGAUCCGAAUUAUUUCCUGUCCCGCCGAACUUGGGAUUUGAUCACACGUUUAGUGGCAGCGAAGGAGACGCGCUUCAAAAACAUCCAGCAGAUCCAUGAGCAUGAGUACUUUGCCGAGGUGGAUUUCAAUAAGUUGCGAGAGCGUAUGGCACCAUUCGUUCCAGAGCUGGACUCGGAAACAGACGCGGGCUAUUUCGAUGAUUUCAGCAAUGAGGCUGAUAUGGCCAAGUACAAAGAGGUACACGACAAGCAACGCCAAUUAGAGGAGAUGGCAGAUCGGGACGAGAAAAUGAGCAAAGGAUUGUUUGUUGGAUUCACAUUCAGACAUCGCAAGCCAGCAGUGGAAGAUGGUCGAGGAAGUCCUCGGAAGUCCAUUUUGACAGAGGGCACAUUCGGGACGAUCUUCUAG